AUUCUGCAACAGAGACCUGACUUCCUCGCCACUCGUGUUCCACGUUGUGUCAACGCCAGCCGGUAGGCUCGAACAGUACUUUUUUUCUGAAGCUCCCUUCGAAAUGGAAGCACCGCAAGAGAAAAGCGAGAAACAGUUGAGGGCAGAGGCGAAGAAAGCCGAAAAACUGGCGAAAUUCGAAGAGAAGAAGAAAAAGACCGAAGAGAUCCAACGGCAGAAGAAAGAGACCGGUGAUACCAAACCCAAAAAAGAAAAGACGAAAUCGGAGCCCAAGGGUCCAGUGCUUUAUGAGAAGAACACCCCGGCGGGAGAGAAGAAGGAUGUCUUGGGACAGAUGCCUGACGCUUACAGUCCUCGCUACGUUGAGGCGCAAUGGUAUUCAUGGUGGGAGAAGGAAGGCUUUUUCAAGCCGGAAUACGGCAGAGAUCCUUACGCCGAGAACCCGAAGGGUCGUUUCGUGAUGGUCAUCCCACCCCCGAACGUGACUGGCUCUCUCCACAUCGGGCACGCCUUAACAUCUGCUGUGGAAGACGCUCUGACCAGAUGGCACCGCAUGAAUGGGAAGACUGUCCUCUGGAACCCGGGUGCGGACCAUGCUGGCAUCGCGACCCAAGUGGUCGUGGAGAAGAAAAUCGCCCGAGAGCUAGGGAAGACCCGCCACGACUUGGGACGGGAAAAAUUCAUACAGAUCGUUCAGCAGUGGAAAGAUGAGAAGCUCGAGAGGAUUUACCACCAACUCAGAGCACUCGGAUGCUCCGUGGAUUUCAGCAGAGCCGUUUUCACAAUGGAGCCGAAAAUGUCUCGAGCAGUUACCGAAGCGUUUUGUCGUCUCCACGAAGAGAAUCUGAUCUACCGUGCGCUCAGAUUAGUCAAUUGGUCGUGUGCUUUAAACUCUGCGAUCUCCGACGUGGAAGUUGAUAAGGUCGAGCUCAGCGGACGAACCCUGCUCAACGUACCAGGAUACGAGAAGAAAGUAGAGUUUGGUGUACUCGUCUCGUUCGCUUACAAAGUCGAAAACUCCGAUGAGGAGAUCGUCGUGGCCACCACGAGAAUCGAAACCAUGCUCGGAGACACUGCGGUCGCCGUGCAUUUUGACGACUCGAGGUACAAACACCUACACGGUAAAUUCGUCGUCCAUCCAUUCGUCGAGCGGAAAAUCCCCAUCAUUUGUGAUAGUUUCGUCGACAUGGAGUUCGGAACCGGAGGGGUGAAAAUAACCCCCGCCCACGAUCAUAACGAUUACGAAGUCGGCAAAAGACACGACCUGCCCUUCAUCAACAUCUUCAAGGGCGAUGGAACGGUCGGUGAGGGAUGCGGUCGCUUCUCCGGCAUGAAACGCUUCGACGCCCGCAGGGAAGUCCUCGCUGAUCUCAAAUCGCUGAAUUUGUAUCGAGACACCAAGGAGAAUCCGAUGGUCGUUCCAAUCUGCUCUCGCUCGAAGGACAUCGUUGAGCCCAUUCUGAAACCUCAGUGGUACGUGAGUUGCAAGGAAAUGGCUGCGGAAGCUGUCCGAGCCGUGAGAGAGGAACGUCUCAGAUUCGUACCUGAUCAACACGUGAAAACGUGGAAUUGGUUCCUUGAAAACAUUCAGGAUUGGUGCAUAUCGAGACAGCUCUGGUGGGGUCAUCGUAUUCCUGCCUACUACGUCACCCUCAAAGGAAAAUCGAAUCCGGAAGGGUCGCACAAUUCGAACAAGUAUUGGGUGAGCGGACGCACCCAGGAAGAAGCCCAGAAGAAAGCCGCAGAGAACUUCGGCGUGGAACCGGACGAAGUAGUCCUGCAACAGGAUGAAGAUGUGCUCGACACGUGGUUCUCGUCUGGACUGUUCCCUUUCUCGAUUUUCGGAUGGCCGGAGAAUACAGCCGAGUUGAAAGCCUUCUAUCCUGGGCAGCUCUUGGAGACGGGCCACGACAUCAUUUUCUUCUGGGUAGCUCGAAUGGUGAUGCUGGGCACCAAGCUUUUGGGCAAACUGCCAUUCAACGAAGUUCUGAUGCAUUCGAUCAUCAGAGACGCUCACGGUCGCAAGAUGAGCAAGUCUCUCGGAAACGUCAUCGAUCCGAUUGAUGUUAUCCGCGGAAUCACGUUAGAGGAAUUGAACAAGACAUUGGAAAGCUCGAAUUUGGACGCGGCCGAGAUAAAGAAAGCUCAGGAGGGCCAACGGAAAGACUACCCUCAGGGCAUUCCCGAAUGCGGAACGGACGCCCUGCGUUUCGCCUUGUGUUCGUACAUGAGUCACGGCAGAGAUAUCAACCUCGACAUAAAUCGCGUCGAGGGCUAUCGUUUCUUCUGCAACAAAUUGUGGAACGCUGUCAAAUUCGGCUCCAUGUACCUCGGAGCUGACUUCAAGCCCUCCGAUGCGAAAGUGUCACGGUCUCCGAUCGACAAGUGGAUUUUGUCGAGACUGACUCUAGCCUGCGCAAAUGCUCAGAAAGGAUUUUCCGAAUAUGACUUCCCAGCGAUAACAACAGCUUGCUACAGUUUUUGGCUUUACGAUCUCUGUGAUCUUUACUUGGAAAGCCUCAAACCCGUCUUCCAGUCGGGUUCGAUCGAGGCGAAAACAGCAGCGGCUCAAACUCUAUAUUGCUGUCUGGAGACCGGUUUGCGGCUUCUGCAUCCCUUCAUGCCUUUCAUCACCGAAGAACUUUGGCAACGCUUACCGCGAAGGGCGGGCGACCCUCCUUCGAUCUGCGUGGCCGCCUAUCCCCUCGAGGAAACUAUUCCGGAAGGGAGGAACGAGGCCUUAGAAAAAGAUGUGUCGUGUGUGCUCAGCGUUAUCCACAAGGUUCGAUCGAUGAGAUCGGACUAUAAUUUGACGAGGGCGCAGAAGGUCGAUCUUUUCGUGAAGUGUCCCGAGGAUCAACAGAAUGUGAUCAAAGAACACGCUAUCACCAUCAUAACAUUGACGGCAUCGAACUCUUGCCAAGUGAGCCAAAAUCCACCGCCAGGAUGCGCCAUCAACACUGUGGGAUCGUUCGAGACGCAUCUUCUCCUGAAGGGUGUUGUGGAUGUCGAGAAAGAGAAAGAACGUCUGUCGAAGAAGCAAGCUCUUUUGAAGACAUCGUUGGAGAGAUUGGGGAGCAGCAUGGCUCUGCCUGGUUAUGCUGAGAAGGUUCCGCAAGAUGUUCAGGAAGCGAACCUCGCGAAACAGAAAGACCUGACCGCAGAGCUCGAGCGGAUAGCUGAAUCCAUCAAGUGUCUCACGCUCAUGGACUAACGCAUGAAGCUCCGAUUCGAUAGCCUUUAAUAAAUUCACCUAAUUUAUAAAAUGCUCCGACCCGACACACCGAAUCUUCAUCUCCACCGUCCAGUGCCCGAGCGAAAGGAUUACAUAAAUCGGUAGAUGACAGUUUGCUAGAUUCAUGAAUGUUCUUUAUUCAUGAACAUGCAUCU